AUGAACCUCGAACUUCUCGAGUCGUUCGGGCAGAAUUUCCCUGAAGAUUUUGAUGGAACAUUGGACUGUGUCAGCAUUGCAAUAACUUGUGCCUUUAACAGACAAGGGACGUUACUUGCUGUUGGUUGUAAUGAUGGCAGAAUCGUUGUCUGGGAUUUUCUGACAAGAGGCAUAGCAAAAUUUAUAAAUGCUCAUGUACAUCCUGUGUGUUCAUUAAGCUGGAAUCGAAAUGGCCAUAAACUGUUGAGUGCUGCAACAGACAAUACCAUAGCCAUCUGGGAUGUUGUGUCGGGAGAGAAUGACAAAGUCUAUCGUUUCCCAUCACCAGUGUUGAAAGUCCAGUGGCAUCCAAGAAACAGUAACCAGUUUUUAGUGUGUCCACUCAAGCAUGCAGCAGUUUUGAUGACACUGAAAGGAGAUCACAAAAUAGUCCCACUGGAUGAUGAGUCAGAUCUGAAUAUCAUUGCAUCCUUUGACAGAAGGGGGCGCUACAUCUACACAGGAAAUGCUAAAGGAAGGAUCCUAGCAUUCACUGCAAACAAUUUAGAACUGGCAGCAUCGUUCAGGGUGACAACUGGGGGUCUGAACACAACAGCGAUAAAAUCCAUAGAAUUUGCCAGACGAGGAGAGUGUUUUCUGGUAAAUUCUGCUGACAGAAUCAUCCGAGUCUAUGAAAGUCGGGAAGUACUGACCUGUGGAAAAGACGGAGAGCCAGAACCCAUGCAGAAACUCCAAGAUUUAGUCAAUAAGACAUUGUGGAAAAAGUGUUGUUUCUCUGGUGAUGGCGAAUACAUAGUGGCAGGAUCAGCCAGACAGCACUCACUUUAUAUUUGGGAAAAAGCAGUUGGCAACCUGGUGAAGAUUCUCCAUGGAACAAAGGGAGAACUUUUACUAGAUGUUGUGGUAGGUGUAGAAAGUGGCAUCCCAGUCAGACCAAUCAUUGCAUCCAUAUCAAGCGGGCUGGUUUCAAUAUGGGCACAGAACCAAGUGGAGAAUUGGAGUGCUUUUGCCCCUGACUUUAAAGAAUUGGAUGAAAAUGUAGAAUAUGAAGAGAGAGAAUCUGAGUUUGAUCUGGAAGAUGAAGACAAAGAGAAAGAGGAGAGCAAAGUGCCGGUUGAAGAAGAUGGGGAAGUGGAUGUCUGGACUGUGGAGCCCAUCCAGGCGUUCGUCAGCAGCGAUGAAGAAGAAGAGGAUGAAAGUGCACUGUUGUUUCUGCCUGUGUCUCCUGAGGUGGAGGAACCUGAGGAUGGAUGGUCAGGAAAUGCAGAAUCAGGCCUACAGAGACAGUUUACACAUGCAGAGGAUCAGCCGAAUGCGAUCUCAGACAAGAAACGGGCUCAGUCCAGUGAUUCGGCAACAGCAGGAGGAGAGAAAAGGACGAGACAGUCCCAUGAAUCCCCAGUCAGCUCAGAUAGGAAGCGAGGACAGACAGACAACAGUAACCCAUCCUCUGGCAAGAAGAAAAAGACAAAGACAGUUGAUGUAGACCUCCCAGAUGCUCCGAAAGAUGAAAUACACCCACUUCUCAAUGUGAAGAAGACCCAGGAAAAGUCCCACUCCAAGAAGGCCAGACCUCAGAAAUCAAAGUCAUCGAAACCAGAGAAGUCCAGACACAAAGAUCGCAGCUCAAGGACAGAUGAUAUGAACAACGAAAAUAGCAAUGCUGGAAGCUGA